AUGGCGGCACAACCCCCGAGCGGUCAGAAGCCGAAGGUCCAACCGUGCCGAUACAAGACCGGGAAGACACUGGGCGCUGGUUCCUACUCUGUUGUAAAGGAAUGUGUGCACAUCGAUACCGGUCGCUAUUAUGCGGCGAAGGUCAUCAACAAGCGUCUCAUGUCCGGGCGGGAGCAUAUGGUCCGGAAUGAGAUCGCAGUACUGAAGAAGGUGUCGCUGGGCCACCAGAACAUUCUCACGCUGGUCGACUACUUCGAGACUAUGAACAACUUAUAUCUUGUCACCGAUCUCGCGCUGGGUGGAGAACUCUUUGACCGCAUCUGCCGCAAAGGCAGCUACUACGAGUCGGACGCUGCAGACCUUAUCCGCGCAGUGCUCUCUGCCGUGGCCUAUCUGCAUGACCAUGGGAUCGUGCACCGUGAUCUGAAGCCGGAGAACCUGCUUUUCCGCACGCCAGAAGACAACGCCGAUCUGUUGAUUGCCGAUUUCGGAUUGUCGAGGAUCAUGGAUGAGGAGCAGUUCCACGUCCUGACCACAACCUGCGGAACGCCAGGAUACAUGGCACCAGAGAUCUUCAAAAAGAGCGGUCACGGCAAGCCAGUCGACAUCUGGGCCAUAGGCGUGAUCACCUACUUCUUACUAUGCGGAUACACGCCCUUCGACCGGGACUCCAAUCUCGAAGAGAUGCAAGCAAUCCUAGCAGCAGACUAUUCCUUCACGCCGCUCGAGUACUGGCGUGGUGUGUCGCAGGAAGCGCGUAGCUUCAUCAACAGCUGCCUGACAGUCAACCCGAAGUCACGCAUGACAGCUCACGAAGCUCUCCAGCACCCGUGGGUCAACCUGGCCUCCGAUAGUGGCAAGGUGGGCUCGGGCGAAGAUCUGCUGCCAACGGUCAAGAAGAACUUCAACGCGCGCCGCACGCUGCAUCGUGCUAUCGACACCGUGCGGGCUAUCAACAAGCUCCGCGAGGGCGGCGGCUUUAUGAUGGAUGGUGUCUUGAGCGUUGAUCCCAAGCCUGAGCGUGUCAAUGGUGACGAAAUCAUCGAGGAGAAGCGCAAUGCUCCUCCGCCUGCGUCGGCCAAUGCUGGCGAGGCUCAGAUGCAGAUUGACAGUCGUGGUAAUGCACGUGGGCAGACUGAGGAGCAGAUCCGGGCCCAGGAGCGGAGAGUUAAGGAGAUGGUUGCUGGUUUGUGGAGCCGUACUCCGCGUUAG